AUGACGUUCGAUGAAGUAAAUGUGCGUGCCGUUGCUACAGCCUUCGACUCUCCCGUCAAUUUUCACUCCAGCGCCUAUGGUUUGAUGGUAAAGAAGACCACUUCCGCCGUGAGUCUCAUUGCCAUUAAUCAAAACACUUCACAGUCUGUCUGCAACAGGGAGCUAUAUCAGCUGGAGAUGCUUGCGCUGUAUGCUCAUGUAUCUCUGGGGGCUCCCCCUCAUUACCGGAAUUGGCCCGCGAAUGACGCACUCUUUAGGAAACUGGGGCAGCAGUAUGCUGCCCUCUUCUCCGUUCUCGGAUGCGUCGGCCGUCUAGCCUACAGAUUGGAGUUACUUCCCUCAUGGAAGAUGCAUCCCGUUAUCAGCGUGCAACAUCUCAAACUGGUUCCGCCGUCGGACCCUUUUGGCAGAGAGCAGCAAGAGCCGCAAGUCCUUUUACCACAACCACUACCAUUGACAAUGUCUUCUACUACCGAAAAUCCCUCUGUGGAAGCGAUUUUGGCCUGGGAGCGGGCUUACCAUAACGCCUGGAGGCACUUCCAGGACCCCAUCAUCGACGUACUCACCAGGCUAAGCUGCCAGGACCCAACUCCUGAAGAUCGUCAAGUGACGAAUAACAGACUUGGCCAACUUACCAUGGAUCUCGACCACAUCAGAAGCACGGCACAAAUGAUGUUCGAACAUGUCCCGGGGUGCCAGACCGUGAGAGAACGGCCCCUCGCGUAUUUUAUCACCGAUUUUACCCGAGAUUGCCAUGAGCUUAGCUACAGGCCAAGCAUGUUGUGUUGGCGGCUAAUGAAUCGGCCUGGUAGUGAGGCGAUAGUUUAUAAUCGCCUCGACAGCCCCCCGUCGACGACAAAGUUUACCGACACCUUGAGAGCAUCAUGUGCUGACAAGAAGAUUGACUGGGGGUUUGACGGCGAGAUCGAAUGGGCACAUCCUUUCAUUCACCGAGGAGCAUUGAAUUUCGAUCUCCAUUAUAUGUUUGAGUUGAACGUGGGAAUCACCUCGGAAAUAUCCCACACAUGCACAUCCUCCCUCAAACGGAUAUUAGAGGCUGAGAAGCCCGAUCCGGAGCAUAACAACCGCCAGAAGUGGAUUUCGAACUUGAGAACAAGCAGAGCCAUGGCUGAAUACAAGCUAUCCUACGAGUCUCAACUGGUGCGUUCUGAAGACCAGCUUGCUUCUGUUUCCUCACAUCCGCAUCACUAUGCCGCAUUAAACCAUACUAACAUGUUCACGCAAUCAAGGACGUCUACCACCCCUCCUACCGCUACGAAUCCCAUGACCCGCGUGACUGGAAAUCCGCCGCGCUUCGCGGACCAGCACUCCCCGCCUGCAGGGAAUGCAACUGCUGGUGCAGUCGGCGCUGCCAUCUCAAAUGUGGUCGUCUACCCCCUCAAUGUCAUCGUCGCUCGUUUACAGACCCAAACCCAGAAGCGGAAAGGCAGCGACUCGGGCGAGAAGUCUGAUGAAGACGAGGAUUCCCAGGAAGGAUAUACCAGCGUGGUGGAUGCUGCCUACAAGAUAUAUGCACAACAAGGUAUCGCCGGCUUUUACCCUGGUCUGGCGCAGGAUACUUGGAAGACCGUCGCGGAUUCGUUCCUUUUCUUUCUUGCAUAUAGUGCCAUCCGCCAGAAGAGGAUAGUGGCGCAUGUAGGUGUAGAGCGAGCAGCCAAGAGCAAAAACAUCGUCCUUCCGAUAAUCGACGAACUCGCCGUUGGUAUCUUGGCUGGCUCGUUUGCAAAGCUGUUCACAACGCCACUGUCGAAUAUUGUCGCGCGCAAACAGACAUCUGCGACACGCAAGGGCGGAAACGCGAAAAACCUGUCAACUAGUGACAUUGCAGCUCGCAUUCGCGCUGAAAAGGGUAUCCCAGGCUUUUGGUCUGGAUACUCGGCCACCCUGAUACUCACCCUGAAUCCAUCUCUCACGUUCUUCCUGAAUGAAUUCUUCAAACGGACCCUCCUUCCACGCUCGAAGCGCGAUAAACCCCCCUCCAGUUUUGACAUUCCUUUUAGCGGCCUUGAGCAAAGUCGCCGCCUCAUCAAUCACAUAUCCCUUCUCCCUCGCGAAAACCAGAGCUCAAAAGAAAAGUCUCGGGCUUCUCUUCUCGCCUCCCUUACACCAGAAAUACUUUCCACAGUCGCCACCAUCGCCCGCACAGACGGUAUAUUAGGGCUCUACGCUGGCCUUCACGGUGAAGUGUUGAAAGGCUUCUUCUCGCAUGGCUUUACGAUGCUCGCCAAAGAUGCCGUGUAUUCAUUUAUAAUCAAGAGCUAUUAUCUCCUUCUGAUGCUGGGACGUCGCUAUCCCACACCAGACGAACUCAUCCAGCGUGCCCGCGAACAGGCGGAGGAAUAUACGGAGAUUGCACGUGAAGGAGCGCGUGACCUUGCGGAGAGAACAAAGGAGGGCGCCGAGGAGGUACUGAAUGCUAAUUCUGGCGGUAAUUCUGUCGAUAUGACAUCGAACUCCACUAGCGCUGCUGAUGCUGCUGGAAAUGCGAAUCAUGGCAUUGAUGCUUCCUCGGGCCUCAAGGUUCCUGCUUCAUCCGUUUCUGAUGAAAUCAAUGAGACGGCUGAGCUGGUCGGUGAUUAUGUUGAGGAUGAAGCGGCUGAGUGGAAGAGCCUUUAUCAUUGGUUCUGGGAGAAGGAUCGUGGGCCGCAUCGAGAUUGA